CAUCCUGGACCAAAUCGGUCCAAUCGAGCGAGCGAGCGAGCGAGCGAGCCAAAAACUCAAAAAAGUCCUUUCGAUUUCUUUCCUCUUCGUUGCUUCCCGCUUCCUCUCCCCCUUCGAUCACUUCGAGACUAGGGUUUUCUGGCAGCACGAGUACGGCAGGGGAUUCAUGGGCCUUUUUUCUUUCUAGGGUUUUACUCCGAUCCCUUGGUCGUGGGGCGGUCCUGUUCGGGUUCUUUCCGUUUUGCCACCAUGAGUGCGGUCAAUAUCACGAAUGUUACGGUGCUGGACAAUCCCACAGCCUUCCUCAGCCCGUUCCAGUUCGAGAUCUCGUAUGAGUGUUUGGUUUCUCUGGAAGAUGAUCUGGAGUGGAAACUUAUAUAUGUUGGAUCAGCCGAAGAUGAGACUUAUGACCAACUCCUUGAAAGUGUGCUUGUUGGCCCGAUCAAUAUUGGGAAUUAUCGCUUCAUUUUCCAGGCAGAUCCCCCUGAUCCAACCAAGAUCCGUGAAGAAGACAUAAUCGGUGUUACUGUGCUACUGUUAACUUGCUCUUAUGUGGGGCAGGAGUUCAUCAGAGUAGGCUACUAUGUGAACAAUGACUAUGAUGAUGAGCAACUUAGAGAAGAACCACCUCCACGGAUUUUGAUCGACAGAGUUCAGAGGAAUAUCUUGGCUGACAAACCCCGCGUGACAAAAUUCCCUAUUAACUAUCACCCAGAUCCAAAUGAAAACGGAGGGCAGCAACAGCAGUCAACUACCUCACCUGAAAACCAGGCUGAAGAUGAUCCGCGGUCUGUCCAAACCCCUGGACAACAUGCCAAGGGUUAGAUGAUGCAUUUGUUUGUUUGUGUUUUUGGUCAUGUAGAAUUUUGAAUUGCUCUAGUUCAUCCAGCUCAAAUAUGAUUAAGCUUUUUCUUGCAAUUACUACGUCGCACUCAAUAGAUGAUGAUUUGGCCAUUAAAUGGUCCAAGUCUUUUUAUGUGUUUGAUGAUUUGUAGAACUCGAUUAGGCUUUGUGGUUAAGAGGAUUAGAGCUAUAUUUUCAUUGUUAA